AUGUCAACUGAGUUAAACAAUAGAUUUGAGCAAGGAAAUGGCCCAAGAAUCUUUGAGCUCCGUGAAACCCUCACCAGUCUUCAUCAAGGAGAUGAUUCUUUAAGUUCUUACUUUACCAAAUCUAUGUGGGAUGAAAUUAAGGAGCUUCGAUCCCGUAUUCCUUAUACUUGUGUUGCCUCUGCUAACAAUCUCGAUCAUCACAAUCAAGAUCAAGUUCUUCUGUUUCUUACAGGUCUCAACAAAUCUUUUCAUGUCGUUCGUGAACAAAUUUUGUUGAAUGACCCAUUCCCUAAUCUUUCUAAAGUCUUGUCCAUUGUCAUCCAAGAGGAAAUAAAAAGAAAAUUGGGUCAUCCUCACACUACCAUUGCUACAGCACACAUCCCACGUCCUUCCAAUAACCCCAAACCCACCAACACAAAUCCAAUUAACCCCAAUCCCUCAUAUCCUAGUUCUACUAAUCCCAACUCACGGAACUAUAAGAUUAGACCUAUAUGUACUCACUUCAAUAAACCAGGUCACCUAAAGGAAAAAUGUUACUUCAUACAUGGUUUUCCUCCUGCCAAUGUCACACAAAGAUCCACUACAGAAGCCCCAAAAGACCUCAUUUUGACAACUUAG